AUGGUUGCAAAACCUGUCCCGCCUAAACGACCUCCCCACCCACCACAACACUAUACCGGACUAAUCAAAGAUCCAAAUGUACGAGUACCAUCAGUAUUACCGCCAAUAAAUAAAAAUCCUAGCGCAUUUGAAAGUGAGUUCCACAAAUUCAUGACGAGUAGUCAAAGUGAGGCAGUUAGUCUGUCAAACAAGAAAAAUUCACAGAGAGAAAGCAAACCUCAAAACGUACCAGUUAAUCAGGAAUAUCCCCCAAAAACCGUUCCAGCUCCAAUAGGACAAUACAAUGACAAUAUUUUCUUGGAAGCUCCUCUAGAUUACCGAACUUACCAGACGCAAAGGUUGCCAGGGACACCAUCACAAAAUUAUAAUCCUCCCCCAGAAAGAAGUCCGUGGCAGUCAGAUUACUACAUCCAUAAUAUGCAAAAUAACCCAUAUGAACAAAUGACUACUCACCCCUACUACAGAAGUCCCUACCAAACACCGUGGUACGGUUAUCAGAAAUAG